AAUUCUCAUUCCAUUUUAAUUGGCACGCAGGCGUUGUUCGGAAACGCUACUUCUGUUUUUAAAAUGGUAAUCAUCCGUUCUUGUGUUUUAGUAUUGCAACUAUUGAUUGCGACUUGUCACGGCUUGACACUCGAAGAAAAGCUUUACUUGCAACAAUAUCGACGGCAGCCUACUUUGUUCACACUUUUGCGGAAAUAUGCACUGUGGCCACCUGAACCCGUCCUAGCGGAACCGAUUCUUCAUAAUACGACAAAUGAUGUAGAUCCAUUAAUCGUGGGAGGUGAUACGACAACGAUCUACAAUUAUCCUUAUCAACUGUCUCUGCGAAACGGUGGAGUGCACAUUUGUGGCGCAACUAUCCUGUCUGAUAAGUGGGCAUUAUCGGCAGCACACUGUUUGGAUGAUGGAAGCACCCCAUCUUGGAUAUCGUUUCGCGGAGGAAGCCCGCACAGGCUUGCCGGUGGUUAUAUUUUUCAUGCUGUUCAGUAUAUUCUUCAUCCGGAUUACGACUCCAAAACGUUCCAUUGUGAUGUUGCUGUCAUUAAAAUAGCAGAAAAUUUCCUGGUGGACUUUUUGCAACCAGUUCAGUUGGUGGAUAGUAGCAUAAAGGUCGGUUGCCCGAGCGAGUUAUCAACCGUGAUCGGAUGGGGAACGGCAGCCAAUGAUUACGUUCCAGUGAUCCUACAAGAACUGCGGGUUCUGAUACAACCUCUGAGUAUUUGCUCAACACUAUGGAUCGAGCAAUUAACCGACACCAUGCUCUGUGCAGGCGGAGUCGUCGGAGAGGACACGUGCAACGGAGAUAGCGGUGGACCGCUGAUGUGUGAAAACUACCAGGUGGGAAUAGUUUCGUGGGGCUCAAAAAAAUGCGCUGUCGCGAUGCCUGCCGUUUUUACCAAUAUUACCAGUAUAGAAAUUCGUGACUUCAUACGUAACCAAACCGGUGUCUGAUUCACCCGUGGUGCAACGUUGAAGGUUUCGAAGUGAAAUAAACAGCUUUAGAAG